AUGUCAACCACGCCACCCUCGGGUAGCUUCCCUAACAACGCAGAACUGCCAGCUGGCAGCAACAUCCAGCUUACCCCAAGGAGUCGUACGGCGAAGAGGUCCGCAGAGCCCAUGGAUGAGGAGCCCGGCGAUGUCAUUGCCCAAGCCCGUGCGUCCUUCGCUGGCGAGGCCGGCUUGCUAGACGGGUUCAACGAUGGCGAUGAGAUGAGUGCCGCGGAAAGCGAUCGGGACCCAAGCACCGCCGUCGUCGAGAAGCUGAUAUACUUCACCCGCCAGCAGCUUACAGACUUUGACCUCCACGUUUUGUUCAAGAACCAACAAGCGCGGAGCUGGGAGGCGCGUCUGAAGAAGAUGCUGGAGAAGAACCACCAGUACCGGUGGCAGUGGCGCAUACUCACCUCCUGGCUCCUUCCCUUUGUCGAAAAGAAGUAUCUCAAGGCCAAGUCGGAUGGUCAGAACCUCCUUGAGAUGAGCGACGAUGACCGCGCUGCUUUCUGGCGCGAGUGCUGGUUGGAUGGGCCACCAGCUCGGCUAUGCACGGAGAUGUGGCAGCCAGUCUCUUCUAUCGUGGACUUCGCGGCGAUCAUCGACCCCCCGACCGGAAGCACGGAGGCCGACAGGGCCAUCCUAAAAGCAUGGAAGAACUUCUUGUUCAAUGUCUUUCAGAUUACGGCGGACCUCACACUCAACUACCGGGUCCGUGUCCGCAAUGUUACUUUGGGUGAGAUGACGGCGCACGACAACACCGUCGACACCGUCACCAAGGCCGACGAGGUCGUCUUUGGCCAGUGGCUGCGACUGAGCUACGACAUCCCGCACCCGGAUAUCGAGGAGGUGCCGGUCCUGGUGCCCAAGGCGGCUUCGAAGAGCGCUUCGAGGCCCCCGGCCAAGAAGUCAAAGACGCUUUCGACCACCGAUGCGCCCUAG